AUUCUACCGCACUGUCGAAACAACAUAGAGUUGGCGAGCGAUACAAUAUUACCGAAGUAGCAAAUUUACAAAUUUUUACGAUUGUACGCAAAGAUUUUCUACAGAAACAUUUGGAAUGAAGGAUUAGGGUCCUGUGGAUUGUAUGAAUCGGUUAAAUCGAAUAAUGGGUCGUUUUAAAAUGUGGUUGUGCGUUGGAAUUUUUCUAUCGUCUCUGUUGGUCAUUAAUUCUGGUAUGUGUCGACCAGGUUGAAUGUUAUUUAGCGAAAGCCUGAUUCUGUAUUGCUUUAAUGCCGCGUAUUUACAAAACGAAACCGGUAUCUGUACCUUGGAUAACAUUGGUUAGGAUCUGAGACACCUAUACGGCGUUUAAGAUUGAAUUUAUGGUGAUAAUUCACAAGGAAAUCUCGAUUAUUUUAUCGUGUGGUUUGCCGUGAUUGGCCGUGAUUAAUAGAAGAGUGCCAAAUACUAUGUCGUGUGCCUUAUUUGAAACUAUCGCACAGGCUUAUUGUAUCUACACGUCGCUACAGUAUUUGCGUGGCGUUACAUAUGAAUGUAGCAAAAUGAUGUUUUGGUUAUCCUACCAUAAUCUACCAUUAUGUUUCUUUGGUGAAAAUUUUGACUCUGAUAAUGGCGGCGGUAUUGACAGUCAGACGUUUUAAGAGAUAUCAUCGCAUAAUACCGCGUCGAAAAUUUUGGCUACUUUGAUCAUUUGACUACAACGCAUCGCGAUUCGAUACUGUUGAGUUCUAAAAUGCACGUAUUUAGAACAUUAAUGCGUGGCUGUUUAGUAUUCUAUAUGGUGGCAAUGUUUAAUUGAUGACUCGGUGACAACUUGUGGUGAAAUUAAGUUUACUCUGAAUAAACUAUAUGUGCGGAUGAGAGCGAAUACAACUCAUGAUUGUUCAUUUUUUCGUUUCGUUUUAUAGAUGCUACUUGUACGUCCGGAUCUUGUCAAAACGGUGGGAUUUGUGAGAGUAAUAAAUGCAGGUAAGCGGGCGUUUUGUUGUGUGAAUAUUUUGUAUAUUAUCGUAUCGUUCAUAUUUAAAUGCGCGUUUUAAAAUAUGCCGUUUGAAAUGCAGUGCCGCUACAAUGGUCACACGUGUGAGAGAAUUUAUUGACAUUCCUUUAGUAAGAGUACUAUUAAUUCGACGCUAAGUUUGUGGCCAUCGUUUAAUCGUGUACAUAAACUCCUUCGUACUUGUAAAUACAUAAUAUGCAGCGCGUACAUAAUUUCAUGUAGAAUUCGAAUUCUUUUUGGAACAAAUAUUACAUGUUCGAUUUUCAAUUAGAACAAAUAUACGUAUUCGAUUUUCAAUUGGAACAGAAUGGACAUGUUCAAUUUCCAAUUAGAACGAAUGGACGUUCUCGAAGUGCAUUUACUAUAGAAUUAAGAAUUUCGAUGUGCGAGAGCAUUCCGAUAGGGAAGCAAUAAACGCAGUCGCUAUAUUAAAACAUCGCUUGCAAAAGAAAGUUUGCUUAUUUUGAAUAACUAUAGGCAUAUGCCGAACUGUUUUGAGAAAUACUGUUUGGUCUUUUUCAAGAAUUAUAUGUCGAAAGGUAUUUUGUCAAAUCCACCUAGAAGUGAGCUUGGGGGAGCUUGGGUUCGCGGCGUUUUUCCGGAAUCGCUAAUUCGAAAUAAGACGUGCAUUCCUGGUGACGCUAAUCGUUUAAAAAAAAUUUUCACGAAUGGCGAUUUUUGCGAAUUCGUGCCUAAUUGCUUGCGGAUUUUCGUUUCAAUAAUGUGUGUUUGGUAUAAACUCGCCAUUUGCUAAAAAGUCUGUAGUUAAGGAAAUGAGGGAUAUCCAUUCAUUCCACAUACAUCCUGUCUGCAUAUAUAGGUGAUCUUGUAUCUAGCCUGUUUUUUUUUUCUUCCAAUGUCGAAGAUUCUACUGUAAGGAGCCCUCCUUCUCAGAACAUUAUUUUGGGGUAUAACUCAAUCCCUUCUGCCACAGGACGUUUGGAUUUAGGUUUUUUCCAGAGGCCUCUUUCAUAAACUUUGGAAUUGUUCCAGUUUUCAUGAAAGAGGUCAACCAACGCCUUUGAAAAUGUUUUGUUUUGGUUAAUUUUGAAACCCCAUGUUCAUUCAAGUGAUUCCUAUAGUAAUUCCUGAGUUCUUGAAUCUUACUGUCAAUUAUGGCCAAACUGCUCAAUCUUAUUCUGUCUGAAAUGUUUAGGGGUUUACACUACUUAUUCUUAAAAAGUCAUGCUCCAGUAAUUGAAACUGUAUUUGUGUUGUUCCUGUUGAUCACAAAAUAAAGCUAGGAGUUUAGACUAAUCUAAACUUAUAUGUUGUUUUCGAAGAGCAUGCUUUUGCUUUAGAUAAAUUAAUCAUGGAGCUGAAAUGCUGAAUUAGUCACAGGAAGGGGAUUUUACAAAAGCAGAUAUAUUUAAUUUUUCAUCUAUUGUUUACAAACGAUGUCUAAGAUUUGGCCUAAUGCUCCCUUAAUUGUGACAGAGUAGGGUUGAUUUACUGCCUAAUGGAUGAAAUGGUCCAUUUGUUGUGGCCACCCUCCUGUAUUGGUCUAAAAUUACUGUUAUAUAUUUUGAUGAAGACAAGUUUUUGAUAAUAUGAAUUAGUUAUGAAGAACUUAAACGUUUGAACAUUUUGCCGCACAUGGAGAAGUGUGCGAGUUUGCUCAAAAGUAUGUCUAAACAUUGCAAGUCUGACAAUAAAGUAUAUUUGACUGUAUUUAUUUUACAUGAAUGAACAUGCAUACUACAAAAUGUAAUAGGCAGAUUAAAAUAAUAAAGUUGGGUACAUUGCCACUCAACCUAGUGAGCGCCACGACACUCCCUUUGACAAGUAAAGUGUAGUGUUAGACCAUGAAAAAUAAUAAAGUAGGACACAAUGCAACUUGAUGAGUUGAAGGGUUAACAUGAUGUAUAGACAGAUAGUCUGUUUAACCCAUUGAGUGGCAGCACUCUGCCCUUGGCAAGUAAAAUUGUCUGUCAUAAGACAAAGUAAAAUAAUAUAGUAGGGUGCAUCAUGAUGCAUUGCCACUUAAAAAAGGUUAAUACUUACCACUUCACAGUACAAAAACAUUUACAGUAUAGGGCAAAAACUCAAACAUAACUUUCUAUUCAGUGUAUCAGUAAACCAUGCUUUUUGCUCAAGUUUCAAAAGCAACAAUCUAUCCCAAAGCGUCAAUCUAUUCCAAAAAGUGUGUGUGGGGGGGGGAAGUCGACCAAUCACCAAUGGACGUAAUUUAUUAUAGAUUAUAUUUCGAAUAUCAAAAAAAGUGAGGGGGACAUGUCCCGGCCAGGAUUGACGCCCUUGUUGAGUUUAGCUUACUCAAUUCCACAAGUUAUAUUUACAAAACAAUAUGUUAUAGUAUUGUUCUUGAUUGUUUAAAAAAAUGAUUAAAGCAUCACAUGUAAGGUUUAAAAUGUGGUAGAUUGGAAGUUAAAGUUUGCAGAAAAAUGGCAAUGCGAAUAGACCGUGGCAAAGAAUGAGUCAUUCUUCAAAAAAGUUACAAAUGGAGGAAUGUAACAUCUUGAUUGUUACAUAUGCUGUUAUAUCAGACAAAGCACAUAAUCAGUUGUUACAACUUCACUACAUAAUAUACACUUGGUUGCACUCAACACUGUAAAAUUAUGUUAAACUGAUAAAAGAACAAAAAAAUAAUUGGUAACUGAGUAAUGUGGCUUAAAAGGAUAUAAUUAACAAUGUACAGUAUAAUACUGUACAUAUGUAGAUUAAACAAGGACAGGUUGGUUACAUAACACUGCUAACUUUUGUAAAACAUGUAUCAUAUUGUACAUUCAUAUCACUCUUAUCAAUUUGGUUUUUGCCAAAAUGUAUAUGAAUUAUUACUGACAAUAUUAGUGGAGCUUUAAAGUCAGCAUUUGUUGAGGAAAAACAGAUUAUGGUAAAGUGUUUGGGACAUAAUUGAAAUGGUAUUAAUGGCUUCAGCAUGUUGCACGGUAGGGCUUCCCUGUGCAAGGUAAUUGUCUUCUGUCUACAACCGGCUUUGACCAAAAUCUGGGAGAGAAAUAUUCAGAUGAACGGAAAACAUAAACAUUGUUUUGGUUUUUUUUAUUAAACAAUUGUGACACUAACUUGUUUGAAAAAUAGCCACUUACAAUUCAAUUUGUCUGUCUGUAUGCUGCAAUAUGAUAUCUUGCAGCAUAUUAUAAAUUGAUUUACCAUCUGUUGUUAAGGCUAGCUAUCCUAAGAUGUAAAGCAUAAUCAUGGAUUCAUGAUAUUCAAGGGGAAAUAUUUAUGAUAACUGUUAUACAGUGGUAGUUUUGGAUUGGACUCUUGGUUUGCUGUUUAAGAAAAUACCCAAAUAUUGAUUAUAGUUAUUUUUAGUUAGCUGCCUUUCCCAAAGAGUUUGAUUACAAAGCUGAUAAUGCUUGUGCCACAUUUGUUUUGAAUAUAGUGUUUUCUGAGUUUCAAAAUCAUUGAACAUUGCACGUUAUAGUAUAUUGUAUAUAUUGAAUAUGUAUAUUGACCUACUGUAUGACAAAGGCAACUAAAAGUUGUUUUUUUAAUUUUUUUUUUAUUUGCCUUACAUGUGCAACUUUUCUGUAGUUAAUUGAAGUUGUUUAUUUUGCAAGUACAAGAGCUAUCAAUCAAUACACAGUGGCCUAGCUAGCCCCACAAUUCAGUCCCGCUAUGCAAAUAUUGCCAUGUUUAUAAACUAUCAACACAAUCAAAUUCUAAAGAAAUGAAUAAUGAUAAUGAGUUGAAAUUUGCAUAGCGGGACCAAAACGUCGGGCUGGCUAUGACACUGUCAAUACACAGAACGUAUUCAGGGCUUUAUGUACAAGGAAAGUGGCCAGUUAGCAAGCUGGUUAUAGAUCACUAUUUUGCCCCUGGCCCCAGCUCAAAAGGGGCCCCCAAAGCAAUGAAGUCCCUUAACGUUUCUUGAUACAAGACUGGUUAAACCAAGAAUAUAAAUCCUAGCUGCAUCAGCGCCAGAUAACAUGCAAUAAAUAAUAAUAAUAAUAAUAAUAACACUUUAUUUAUUGAGGAUAAACAGAUAAAGUUACAACUUUUUUCCAAUCUGGUCCUCCUAAACUCUAUAUACACAACAACAAUAACAUUAAACAUGACUAUAUUCAGUACUUCCUAUAGGAGUAUGAACAAAUGAAAUCAUGGGUACAUUGUAAAGUAUUAACCAGUACUACAAUUCAGUUGUUCAUACCCCGAGAAAGCCCCAAUUUACUAAUUAGGCAAUUUUCUAACUAUGUCUAAAUUAUAUUUACAGUACAGUAUAACAAGUCGAAAUACGCGUUGACACACAACUCACAAGUGUCUAAAGUGACAUUAUAAACAUGACAGUAUUUGACACUUUCUCCAUGUACGAACAACCGAAAGUAGAUCAUGCUCAGCUAAAACUGCAGGCAUGAAUUUCGGCAGUUCGUACAAGUGCAAUAUAUUGUAAAACGUUGUUCCUGUUUGACAAUUAUGACAUCAUAGGCCCCCUGGGAAAGUUUUACUCUGGAACCCAGGCAACCUCUCGGCAGCACUCCAUGUAUAUCAGGCACAGAUUUUCUGGGGGCUGCACUUUGAAAUGAUUUGCACUCCCCAAAGGCAUUUGGCACCCCCGAAAAUUACAUAUAUUUUGAUUUGAUAGUUUCAUAUUUGAUUAUUCUUACUACUAAAUUUGUAAAAUUACCAAUAUUAUGGUCUCAGAUCUCGCCAUGCAGGCCUAGAAAACAAAUUUUGUUAAACUUUUUUCUUGGCCUUUUUGGGCGUUGCCACUACACCCCGGCCAAAGCAAGCAGCAGCACCCCCCAGAUAUUUAUCUACCCCCUGAUUGCCCUGAAGGAAAAUAUGAAAAUCCAUCUCUGAUGUAUAUAUGAUUGAGCAUUUAGUACUUUUUGCCUGAUCACCAACAAUUGCAUGUAGUAUUACUCUUCUGCAAUUUCACUAUAUAUCACAACAAGCUUUUAUCAGAUAUUAUAACAUUUUAACAGCUGCAAAAGUGGCUUCACUGGGAACCGAUGUGAUGUGGACAUUGAUGAAUGUAAUGAACAUCCUGGGAUAUGUCAGAACAAUGGAAUUUGUAGGAACACUCAUGGCUCAUACAAAUGCACUUGCACUGCUGCAUAUACUGGAUUGAACUGCUCAAUAAAUAUUGAUGAUUGUAAGACGGAUGAUGGUUCAUCAAAUUGUCUGAACAAUGGUACAUGCAUUGAUGGAGAUGGUAAAUUCUCCUGUGAAUGCCAAGACCCAUAUAUAGGUAUGAUGAAUAUUUUAUUUUUAUAGUACUUAUAAAACACAUGAAUGUCUUCAGUGAGAAUUGAAACCCACAACUGCAGAGGUGAAAAUCAGCAAUUCAAUGGCAAUACAUUCUGGUUUGACUCACUCUUGAUUCCAACUCUUACUGUUUUACUCUUUCUACUCUUACUGUUUUACUCUGCACUCCAGGCUGUCGAAAGGCAGUUAUAAUAUUUACUACCCUACUUUAAUAUAUUACAGGUACUUUGUGUGAAUUUGUUGAUGAAUGUAAAAAAGUAAAUAACCUCUGUGGUAAAGGUGUCUGUGAUAAACAUCGAAAUGGUUCAGCAAUCUGCAGAUGUGAUGAGACAGGAUACAAUGGCACCUUUUGUCAAAAUGAUAUUGAUGAGUGCUCAUUGCCCAUUCCACCAUGCGAUGGGACAAUUGCUACAUGUGUUAAUACUCCAGGCUCCUACGUUUGCUUUUGUAAGGCUGGGUACACAGGUUAGUUAUAUAUGAACUGGUAAAAUGUCAAUGGUUCAAAGCUACAAAUGAGUUGUCAAAUUUUUGCCUAUACCUAGAAUAAAAGCAACAGGCUGGCAAAUUUAAGUUUUCAACAAAGCGUGUUUGUUCUCAUAUGGAGCUUUGAAAUAUCUAAUAAGUUUGGUAUACACUUCCAUGAAGUUAUUGGUUUGUCUGUUUUUUCUUUUACUAACAUUCACAACAGAUGCAAACCAUGUAGGUCGGCUAUUUUCUGCCACCCUGACUCAUGACAUGACUUGAAUUCUGAGUUCUAUAAUGUCCUGUUUGUUUUCAGGGCUGCAAAAUUACCACUGAAAAAGGAAUUAAUUCCAAUUACAAUUACUUGCUUUAAAAUGUAAUAAAUUCCUGAUUACAAUUACUUGUUCUAAAAUGUAAUUAAGUACAAUGAAAAAAUUACUGCGGAAAAAAGGAAUUAAGGGACUGGUCAUAAUUUAUCAGGGGGGGUGGGGAGGUGUCAUUCAAAAUUUUAAGGAAUGAUAUUUUGUGACCCUGCUUUGCCAUAACCCGGAAAAAUAAUGCCCCCCCUCUCUCUCUUGCUUGUGUUAGUAAAAACGUACCUACCUACUACUAAACCCUGCAUUCAAUAAAUUUUCUAAUUGUACUUUUCUAAUUUUCUAGUUGUGCUUUAAAUCAAAUACUAAAAUUUAUAUUAUACCAAUACAUAGUCAUAUAGUAAAACUUUAGUUUUUUCAAACUUUUCAUUCUAAGUUUAAAGAAUCAAUUUUUUUUUCAAUGCAACUGAAACAAAAUGUGAGAAGGCAUGUAUAAAACAAUUAAUUGAACUAAAACAGCAGACCCCCUCCCCGCCUUCAUAAACUGUCUAACAUUUUAUGAACCCCCUUUUUUCCUGGCUAAAAAAUAUGUGACCCCCCACUGUUUCCACCUCCCCACCCCUCCUGCUAAAUUAUGACCAGUCCCUAAUUACAAAUUCCUUUACCGGCAAAUUGUUACUAUAUAUAUUAUAAGACAAUAUCUUAAACAGUAGUUGUAAAUAAAAACGGUUUAAUUAAACUAUGAAAUUUGCAAGAAUUUAUCAAGAUGAUAUUUCAAUAUAUUAAAACAUUUUACAUGCAAAUCGAAGCAUGUAAACUUAAAACUUUAUUUGCCAAUAUUUGGCGCUCUGAGCAUCGGAAUAAAUUGCGGUUUCCACUUUUGCAGUAAAUAGUACUUCAUGUAGGCUAUCAUGUCAUGUGAUCUCGUUGAAAAUUAUUUCAGCCAUUUUUCUGAAUUUUUGUCGUAACGUGUUUUUUUUUAUUUCUUAUUUUUAACAAAAUAAGAAAAGGAAUCUUCAAUUUGCUCCUUGGAAAAGGAACACGUUCCUUGCUUUUGUAAUGAAUUAAGUUUUUCGUUACUUUUCUAAAAACGUAAUUAAUUACAGGUUAAAAUUACUUCAAAUGUAACGAGUACACAGUAACGCGUUACAAAUGUAACGAGUAUUUACAGCCCUGUUUGUUUUUCAGGUAAACUCUGUAGCUCAUACAUUAACUACUGUGCAAGCAUUCCAUGCCAGCAUGACGGGACAUGUCGGACUCAUCAUAACAGUUACCACUGUUUAUGCAAAGAUGGAUACACUGGAAAUCAUUGUCAGACAAAGGUCAAUGAAUGCGGUAGCUUGCCAUGCCAAAAUGGUGCACAAUGUGUUGACGAAGAUCAAGGAUAUAGAUGCAAAUGCCCACCAGGUAGGUCCGGUUAUCAAUUACCUGUUAUUGUUUGUGUCUAAAUUACAUGGUAAAGAUUAAGAACAAUGUGACAUUGGAGUAAAAGAAGAUAUUUAGUAUUGUUGAGUAAAAUCAUCUGGCAUUAGACAGAGUAAGAUGAUGCAUUGCAGAUCAUUGAUUUAGCGAGAAACAUUGGCAGAUCACCUAGCUAACCAACCUAUCAAGGCCCUACACUUCCUUUUUGAAGAGUUUGAAAAUCAUUUGACAUUAGAUAAAAGUAGAAAGCACAGUAGGGUUCAUUUGGGCACAUUGUGGCUAGUGUUUAAGUAUGCUACAAAGAUUAAUCGGGCCGAUUUCAGGUUUUGCCGAAUGUUAAUGAUGAAUGUUGUCAGUUGACAAUGUUGUCUGAUGAUGCUGACAGCAUAUUUUCCCAAUAUCAUUGAAUUGAAGCUGAAUUGGGCUGAUUAUUUAUCGUUGUGUGUAAAUGUACCUUUAGAUCUUUAAUCCUGCAUAUACAUUAUGUUAUUUUCAGGAUUCAAAGGAGUAAAUUGUGAGACUCCAUCGGACCAUUGUUUAAGUCGUCCUUGCCAGAACAAUGCAACAUGCACAACUAUCGGUAAUACUUUCAAUUGCAAUUGUGCUGCCGGCUACACAGGCCAUAACUGUAGCGUGAAUGUGGAUGACUGUCUCUCAGCAAAUUGCCAGAACAAUGCAACAUGCAAGGAUGGUGUCAAUGAAUAUAAGUGUGUAUGUGGGCCAGGAUUCAAUGGAUCUUUAUGCCAGUAUGAUGUGAAUGAAUGUCUUUUAUUGCCAUGUCAAAAUAAUGGAAAUUGUACCAAUAAAAUUGGGACUUAUAUUUGUGAAUGUCCUUCGGGUUUCACAGGUGAGUCUGGUCACUUUGAUUUCAUUGAAGUUGCAGAUUUGUUUGGUGUGGCAGUGGUCGUACGUGUACCUGAGAUUCAAUAUGCCAUGCUAUGGAAUUGUUGGAUUAUAGUUCUUUAGUGUCUUUGUCACACAUGAGUAGAGUGCCUUAAGUUUUGAAGACAAGCUGCCGCCGAUGUUCUCUGGGCACUCGUAGAAACUUACUAAUAGAAUUAUUUGCUACUAUAAACAUUAACAAGUUAUUAGAAAUGAAAAGUAAAGUAAGCCAUCAGGCAACACAGAUCUGAAUGUUUUGUUCUGUGAACAUUAUUUCACCCUUUUUUUUCUUGCUGCUCUCUAAAUUAUCGAAAUUUGUUUUAUUUUUUAUUAUAUAUAGGUAAAAAUUGUGAAACAAAUGUGGAUGAUUGUGCCAGGGUAACAUGUUUAAAUGACGGCAAGUGUAAGGACAUGUUGAACAACUUUACAUGUGACUGUCACCCAGGAUUCAGGGGAGAAUAUUGUAAAGAAAAUAUCAAUGAAUGUGAACUGCAGCCUUGUAAAAAUGGGGGCACAUGUGUCGAUGGCAUUGCUGGGUAUACUUGUCAUUGUACAGAGAAAUGGAUAGGUAAGUAGUGAACUUUCAUGAUAUGAAACCGGAACCACAGGUAUUUUUUUAGGCCUAGAGACUAGAGUUAGUUUAGUUGUAGUUUAGAAAGAUCUUUAUGGAACAUUCUACUGGAUGUACAGCACAGGCCUUCACCUUUUAAUAUUUUUUUCAUUUAAACCAUUUCUUAGGUGAGAACUGCACAAUUCGAAAUGACAGCUGUCAGAUGCACUUUUGUGAGAAUGGUGCUACUUGUGUGAAUAAUGGCAGCUCAUACUAUUGUAAAUGCGCUUCUGGCUUCAAAGGGAAAUACUGUCAAAUGGGAAUCAAUGAAUGCCAGUCAACUCCUUGCCAACAUGGUACUUGCAAGGAUGGUGUGAAUGAUUAUCACUGUAUAUGUCAGGCAGGGUGGACAGGAAAAGACUGUGAUGCGGAUAUUGAUUAUUGUAAAGAUAAGUAAGUACCAUUUUAACCCAUCAAGCACCAGUGCUCUCCCCUUGAUAAAAUAAUUUGGUGUUAGAUGGAGUAAAAUAAUAAAGUAUGGCUCAUUAGGGGGCAAUGUGGCUUAAUGGGUUGUGGAAACAUUGUUGACAGUGGUUCUUAAAUGAGGAUGAUUGUCCCAGUGUAAAAUGCUUAAACGAUAAUGAGGCAUGCAGGUAAUUGGUGCAAUUAUCUGAAUGCCUAGCAUUUUCCAGGUAUAAAUAAUGUUGAAAUAAAUUAGUGUCUUCGGAGGAGAAUGGCUUUGUUGAAACCCAACUAUAACAUCUAUCAAUGUUAUUUAGGUAUUGUUAUAACAAUGGCACAUGUAUCGAUGGUAAACUGAAGGCCACUUGCAACUGUCCGGUUGGGUUUACUGGAAUUUACUGCGAGUAUUUGGAUGAUUUGUGCAAGUCAGAUCCCUGCCAGAAUGGGGCGACCUGUGUCAACGAGAUUGGAAACUAUCGUUGUUACUGUAGGUUUGGAUAUGAAGGUAAUUUAUUAAAAUUUAUUCAGUCUGUGAAUGUCAUUAAAAUUUAUUCAGUUGAUGAAAUAAUUUAUGAUAAUUCAUUUUGACUAGCACAUAUAAUGACAAGAAUUAACAAUAUUUUAACCCUCCAAAAACUGGCCGUUGAACACCAUCUAACACUUGCUGCCAAACGUACAGUGCAUAGCCCAUUUCCACUAGGCAAAUCUUGGCAAUGUGAUUGGUCAGCAAAAAAUUCGCUGCAAAAAAGUUGGAUCAGUUCCUACCACUUUUUUUACUGUUCGAGUGACCAAAUUCACCUAGUGGACAAUUGGCUUAAGACUUAAGAGCGUCUGCUUACAUGCUAGCCACGAUCUGCUAAACCCAUCUUUUAGCCCCAUAUGCAGAAUCAAUAAAAAAUAACAUAAUUUGUGCUUGUGUUUAGGUAAAAACUGUGAGAGACAAAUUGACUGGUGUAAGUUAAACCCAUGUAAAAACAAUGCAACAUGCCAUCCUGAAGGAACCAGUUCAUUCACUUGUGAUUGUCCAUCAGACUACACAGGCACCUAUUGUCACAUCAAGAACUGGAAAUGUGCGGAUACGAACAAAUGUCAAAACGGGGGUAGCUGUAAACAGCGGUCGGGAUACUCGACCUGCAAUUGCAAGCCAGGAUUUAGAGGUCUGUAGAUAGCUCUUUAUAUUUAAUUAUAGACUUGCUACAAGUCGACCUCGUAUGCGGAGCGACGAGAGUGAGCGACGAAGUUGUGAAUUGACUUCUGCAAAUUCCUUACUCUUCAAGAAAUUACUUCCUUGAAAAUUCCUUCGUUCUAAACAAAGAUGAAGGACUUUGCGAAAGUCUAUUUAUAUUACAGUCCGCAAGAUUUAAUGUAAAUGUAUUACAUGAUUUAUGCAUAGUCAAACCGAACGAGAAUGAGAGUUGACGAGAGUUGCAACUUUUGUGUUUGACCACCACCUCGCAUCGACUCUCGUCAACUCUGAACUGGUUCGAAUUUUAAUAAAAGUUGAUGAGAGUUUGAGGCAUAGCCAGGAUUUUCGGUCAGGGGGUCAGCAAAAACCUUGGUGGGGCCAGGUUUCACUUAUUUUUAUAGAAUUAAUUUUCUCAGGGGGGGGGGCAUAAUUUUACCAGGGGACCCCGGCCCCCACCUUGGCUACACCUCUGGAGUUUGACCGGUUAUAUCCAGUCAACUCUAACUCUCUAUUGACUGAGGCACAAGAGUUGGAAAAACUGUCAUGUAAACUCUUGUUUACCAACUCUCGUGCACUCAUCAACAACCCUCAUGAACGUUGAACUGGUUUAAAUUUCGAUUGACGAGGGGUUUUGAUCAUUCAAUCUCUCGUGCAACUCCUGAUCUCGUUUGACACGCACUUGAGAGUUGCGAAAGCUCUCGUGCAAAUUGUAAGUAAGAUCUUCCUAACUUUCAUCAACUCUCAUCCAGGGCUUUGGAUUUGAAAUAGUAUUGUUAUAAUUACAGGUGAUAUCUGUGAGACGAACAUUGAUGACUGCGCAAAUGGGCCAUGCAAGCAUGGAGCGACCUGUGUCGAUGGCAUUGAAAACUAUAAUUGCACAUGCUUUCCCGGAUUCAUGGGCAGAAACUGCGAGAUCGAAAUCAAAGAAUGCAAGAGUAACCCGUGCAAACACGGGAGAUGCAUUGACCUCAUCAACGAAUACGCUUGCAUAUGCGACACAGGCUGGGUGGGGAAAAAUUGUGAUGAAAACCCCAAUGACUGUAGCAACGAUACAUGUUUCCAUCAGGGCAACUGCUCGGAUGGAUUGAAGGAUUUUACUUGUAAAUGCCGGACAGGAUUCAGGGGAAAGCGAUGUGAAGAGGAUAUUGACGAGUGUUCUACCAACCCGUGUUGGGCCGAAGGAACGGAACGUUGUAUUGAUUUAGUCAACGAUUAUUACUGCAAAUGCAAGCCUGGUUAUGCCAAGCGUACAUGUUCUUUCGAUAUCAAUGAAUGUUUAAGUAACCCUUGUUUGAACAACGGUCGCUGUAAGGAUGAAAUUGGACGAUAUGUCUGCGAAUGUCCGUACGGUUUUAGUGGUGUUAACUGCGAGAAAUCUGUUCAGAGUUGUGCUGAUGAGCCGUGCUUGAAUGAUGGAAAGUGUACGGAGGUUGGCAGUCGAUAUAAUUGUAGCUGCAAGAAAGAGGUCUUUGGACGGCAUUGCGGAUUCAAUCAAGAUGAUUGUGCGCCGAAAUCUUGUGCGAAUGCUUCCAAAUGCGUGGAUGGUUAUGGAGACUACACGUGUGAGGGUUGCAAGCCGGGUUACAGUGGGGAUAAAUGUCAGUACUUCGAUAUAUGUGAGCUGAAUUGUAAGAAUGGAGGGACCCUUGAUGAAGAUUCGUGUAGUUGUAAAUGUGAAGGUAGGUUUUGUGUUUUAGCGAGUGUUGAGAAUUGUGGUGAUGAUGACGCAUAAUGGUCGUGAUUGUGUUGAUGUUCAUGGUGAAGGUGGUUGUGUUGGUGGACAUAGUGAUGACGAUAAUGGUGGUGAUGAUGGCGAUGGUUGUGAUGAUGGUUGUUCCUCAUGAUGGUGGUUGUGUUUGUGGGAUGGUGGUGAUGAUAGUGGUUGUAACACAUAAUGGUGCUAGUGGUGAUGUUGUUGUCGUUGUCGUCGUCGUCGUCGUCGUCGUCGUCGUUGUUGUUGUUGUUGUUGUUGUUGUUGUUAAAAUAAACUUUCCUAUUUGCUUUUGCAGAUACUGGGUACUCGGGCAAGACAUGUGAAGAUAAAGACUUGCUCUGUCCUUAUUCAGAGUGCCCGAACAAAUUCAAUGUCGACGCCGAUUGCAGUGUAAGUUUAUAUUGUAUUCUUUAGGCAAGCAUGAUUAUAAUCUUACACUUUAGUUUAUUGUUGACUUCAUUUCUAUCCUAAGUUUUCUCAGUCAAAAAGCACUGUAACAUAGCAGAAUGUUUAUUUACUUCUUUAUUUAUCAGGGUAAAUGUAACAUUGAAAAGUGCAACUUUACCGCUGGGUCAUGCUCGUUGGGGAUUUCACCGUGGAAAAAUUGUCUAUUCAAAAAUUGUUCUAAGUUAUUCAACAACAAUGGAACGUGUGAUGCUGCUUGUGAUACUCCAGACUGUCUCUUUGAUGGACGUGAUUGCGAUGAGCCAGUUACCCCUUGCAGGUAAAGCUGAAUUUUGCCGUUAGCUGAAAUUUCCAGUGAGCUCAUUGGCGGUGCCGGACACCGAGGCACAGAUUAAGUAUAUACCAGAUGUGUAACUUCAUAGGACUUCGUGUUCACAAAUUUCCUUAAGCUGUACACGUCAUGACACUUGCUAGCAAGAUGGCGACCGUGGGACAACUAUUUUACUGAAGUUACACAUCUGUUUAUACUUAAUCUGUGACCAGGGGGAGGGCAAGCGCUCUCCUAAUAAUUCCAAGAACAGUUGAUAGCUAAAUAACUGUAACAAAACUAGGCUACAAAGUAAGCUAUAUAUUGCAUGCAAUUUAAGGCAACAAACUUGAGAACUGCGCUUUGAAAAGUAACCUGAAAUCGGCCAAUUAUAAUUAUUUCCGCAUUCUGCUAACUUCGGAUUGACCAUGCACCAUCUGUUACACAAUUAUAGUGAGUGACUGUGAGUCUUUCCUAUACCUUGUAUAACCUUGUAUUAACAUCAUGUAUUUUUGUAGUGAUGUAGAUAGAUGUUCGAAGAGUCUAGUUGACAAGACUUGUGACCUGGCGUGUGACACUUUAGGAUGUGGUUAUAGCGGUUUGAACUGUGAUUACUCUCCUCCUAAACUG